UUAAAUUUAUAAUCAAGAUUUGGUUUAUAGAAAUCGUAAAAUUUAUCUUAAAACCUAUUCAUGAAGUAACUAUCAAGCUUAAUAAAGGACCCAAUAUAGGAGUAUAUUGUUAAUAUUUAUGCUAUAUAUUGGGAUCCAGAAAUAAUAUGAAAUGCUUUUUUCCAAAAUUAAUAAAAUUAUAGUUCUAAGAAUAUUAAUUUUAAUUGUUCCUACUUAUGGCAAUCAAAGCACACAUUUGAAAGCCAGAGAUUCUCAAGUAAGCGCAGCAAAUACUCCGUUUAAGGAUAUUGUUGUUAAGGAUGAAGAAAUCCUUGCUUAUAUUUUGAGAGAAGAUUAUAAAGAUAAAUGCGAACUAAAGCUUGAGGAAUAUUGUAAAGAAUUGAGGGAUAUAGAUCAAGGAUUAAAUAAAGUUCAUACUAUAGUUAAAGAAAUUUGUGAUGAUGAAAAACGAGACGGAAAAUGCAAAGAACUGAAAGACAAAGUUAAAAAGGAAUUGGAAACUUUUAAAGAGGAACUUGAAAAAGCAUUGAAAGACAUAAAAGAUGAAAAUUGUGAAAAAUAUGAAGAAAAAUGUAUACUUUUAGAAGAGACGAAUCAUGAUGAUAUUAAGAAGAACUGUGUCCAGUUGAGGGAAGGAUGUUACAUAUUCAAGCGUGAAAAUGUGGCAGAGGAGCUCCUUUUGAGGGCGCUUGGAGGGAAUGCCAAAGAAAUGUUUGAUUGUAAAACAACGAUGGAAGAUGUUUGCCCAGUGUUAAUCCAAAAAAGCGACGAGUUGAUGUCUUUUUGCCUUAAUCCGAAUAAAACGUGUGAAAAUCUAAAAAAAAAAAUGAAGGAUAUUUGCAAACCUAUAGAAGAAUUGAAUGAGAAUGAAUUAGCAGAAAAGUGUUAUGAAAGACUUGAGAAAUGUCAUUUUUACGGAGAAGCGUGUGCUGAUGCAAAAUGUCAGGUCUUUGAGGAGGAAUGCAAGAAAAAUAAUAUUACAUAUAAAGCGCCAGGAUCCGAUUCUAGUCCUGUCGAACCGAAGCCGUCGUUGUUGACAAGGAUUGGGUUAGAUGCUGUCUAUAAAAAAGCUGAAAAAGAUGGAAUUUUUAUUGGAAAACAAGGAGCAGAUCUACCAAGGAGGUUUGGUGAUUAUUUUCUGCAAAGUCUCUUGCUACUGUUGAGUGAAGAUGAGAAUGAUGCAAAAAAGAAAUGCCCUAAAGCGUUAAGUAAAUGUGAUUAUUUUGCCUACUUUGAUGAUAGUUUGAGUGAGUUAUGCAUAAGUAGAGCUACUAGAACCGAAAAAUGCAAAGAAUUACUAGAUGUAAAAGAAAGAUGUACAAAACUCAAAAUAAAUCUUUAUCUGAAAGGAUUGUCUACAGUGUUUAAAGAUGAAGAAUCAGAACUUUUAUCGUGGGGACAGCUUUCGACAUUAUUUACAAAGGGAGAGUGUAUAGAGCUUGAGUCGGAAUGUUUCUAUUUAAGAAAGGCGUGUAAAGAUAAUAAGAUUGAUCAAGCAUGUAAAAAUGUACGAGCAGCGUGCUAUAAAAUGGGACAAAAUAGGAUGUUGAAUAGGUUCUUUCAAAAGGAACUAAAGGGGAAGCUUGGUGAUUUAAGAUUUAAUAGUGAAAGUCUUAAAAAAUGCCAAGAAUAUGUGGUAGAAAACUGUGCAAAACUUAAAGAUAAAAGAUACCUUCCAAAAUGUCUUUACCCUAAAGAACUAUGUUAUGCGGUUUCAGAUAAUAUUGUUGUUCAAUCAAGAGAGUUAGGUGUGCUUUUGGAUGGUCAGAGAGAUUCUCCAUUAGAAAAACAUUGUCUUGAGUUGGGGGAGAAGUGUGAUGAACUUGAUAGGGAUUCAUAUUUGAAUUCUGGAAAGUGUGCAACAUUGAAAAGACGCUGUGAAUUCUUUAACGUUACAAAGAGAUUUAGAAAAGAAUUUUUAAAAAGAAAAGAUGAUUCGUUAAUGACUCAGGAUAACUGUACGAAGGCGUUGCAUGAGAAAUGUGAAGCUUUGUCUAAGAGGGGAAAGAAUCCAUUUAAGGUUUCAUGUGCUUUGCCAGGAGAAACAUGUAAAUAUAUGGUACACCAUACAAGACAAGAUUGUUUUUAUUUAAGUGCCAACAUGGAAAAUGAAGAAAUUCUAGAAGGAAUUGGAAAAGCAAAUGAAACCUUGGUUGAAAAACUCUGCACAACAUGGGGCCCAUAUUGUCACCAAUUUAUGGAGAAUUGUCCAAGUACUUUGAAAAAAAAUAAAAUUAACCAAGGUUAUAAUUGUGAAGAACUCGAUGAAAAAUGCAGGGAUACUUUUAAAAAGUUGGAAUUGGAGGAGGAGCUGAGUCAUCUGUUGAAAGGCAGUUUAAGCAACGGUGAUCAAUGUAAAGAAGCAUUGAAGAAGCGUUGCACUGAGUUGGAAAAGAAUAAAACGUUCAAUGAUCUGCUUGGCGAUUGUGAAGAGGGUGCCAAGGGAGAUAUUUGCAAAAAAUUAGUUGAUAAACUACAGAAGAGAUGUCCUACUUUAAAAACCGAACUGAAGAAAGCAGAAAAGGAGUUGAAGGUCAAGAAGGAUGAAUACGAUAAGGUCAAAAAGGCGGCAGAAGAUUCUACGGAGACAGCUAAAUUAUUGCUAUCAAGGCCUAAACAAGACAAACCGCCAAAUGCGCAGAAUGGCAGUGAUUCUACACUAGUACCACCACCACAACAAGCACCAGCAGGGUCAUCAGGAUCAGGGUCACUACCAGCACCAGGGCCAUCAAUUGAUGGAAAGGCAGACAUGCCAGGUGGAGCAUCAGGUACACCAAGUGGAAUCCAAGACGCAGCAGAUGGAACGACGAACAAUGCAAAACUUGGACUCGUUAAAAGAGCAUAUGUAGAUGGAGAAGUAUCAGAAGCAGAGGUAAAAGCAUUUGAUGCAACGACGAUAGCAUUGGAAUUGUAUUUGGAAUUGAAAGAGGGAUGCAAAGCUUUACAACUAGAUUGCGGUUUUAAAGAGGAUUGUAAGGGUCUUGAAGUUUGCGAAGAAAUAGACAAGUUAUGCAAAGAAAUAAAACCAUUAGAAAUUAAGCCUCAUCAUACAGAGACAAUAAUAAAAGAACCCAUGACAGUUACGAUGACGGAAACAAAGACCAUUGACAAGGCUGAUGGGAAGACCGGUACGAAGACUAUUACGAUAGCCGAGUCAGUAGGUGGAGGAAAAGUAACAGAACAGUGUACAUUAGUGCGGACGACAGAUAUAUGGGUGACGAGUACGUCAUUGCAUACGAGCACCGUGACAAGUACGCCUACUGUGACGUCUACAGUGACGUUGACGUCGAUGCGCAAGUGCAAGCCUACCAAAUGUACCACCGAUUCAAGCAAAGAGACAGAUAAAGGAGAAGAUGAAGAAGAAGAAGUGAAACCGAAUGAUGGGAUGAAAAUAAGAGUUCCUGAUAUGAUUAAAAUAAUGUUGUUGGGAGUGAUUGUUAUGGGGAUGAUGUAAAAUGAAUGAAAAAAUGUUAAUAGAAUGAAAAUGUGCAUAUAUCCAU